CCGAUCGAUGCUCCAUUGGACAAACUUCCACAGAUAUUCUAUUGAAAGAAAAAGAAAGAAGGGAACCUGCACUUAGCGUUUAUUAGUGAUGCUAAAGGAAAUCUAUGAUGAUUUUGAAUAGAUUCGAGUGACUAUAGUACAUCAGCAUCCCCUUCCUUCUCUUGGCAAACCCCUUACUAAACUUAUUUCUGAGAAGACUGAACUAAACUCUCUCCCUCUCUGUCUUUCUACCUGUAUAGUUGGGAAACGAAUAGGUAAUAUGCUUGCUUUGUGUGAUUUUAUUUCAUUCUAGUAAUGGAUUCAAAAGCCUUCCAUUUUCUCGGCUGGUUGAGGGAAAACAUUCGAGACAAUAGAUCCGAGAACAGGAGAGAUGAUAGCAAAGGUUGCAGAAGGAGAUAAGGAAGAUGUUGAUUUGGCAGUGAAGGCUGCGCGACAGGCUUUCGACCAUGGCCCAUGGCCUCGCUUGCCAGGCUCUGCAAGAGCAAGGAUAAUGAUGAAAUUUGCGGACUUAAUUGAGGAAAAUGUAGAAGAAUUAGCUGUCCUGGAUACGAUAGAUGCCGGGAAAUUGUUCAGUAUGGGCAAGGCCGUAGACAUUCCUACGGCAGCAAAGACCCUACGAUAUUAUGCAGGUGCAGCUGAUAAAAUUCAUGGAGAAGUACUAAAAAUGUCUCGUGAAUUUCAUGCAUAUACCUUGCGCGAGCCUAUUGGUGUCGCGGGACUCAUCAUACCCUGGAACUUCCCUACCGGCAUGUUCAUGUGGAAAGUUAGCCCUGCUUUAGCUGCAGGGUGUACCAUGGUUGUCAAACCUGCUGAACAAACCCCUCUUUCUGCUCUCUAUUGUGCUCAUCUUGUUAAGCUGGCUGGCAUCCCUGAUGGAGUGCUCAAUGUUAUAAAUGGAUAUGGACCUACGGCUGGGGCAGCCAUUACAUCUCAUAUGGACGUUGAUGCUGUCAGUUUCACCGGCUCCACAGAAGUGGGACGCACAGUAAUGCAAGCCGCAGCAACAAGCAACUUGAAAGUGGUUUCACUUGAAUUAGGAGGCAAGUCACCCCUUAUAAUCUUUGAUGAUGCGGAUGUAGAUAUGGCAGCUCAGCUUGCUAUCUUCGGCACCCUAUUCAACAAGGGAGAAGUGUGUGUGGCAAGUUCUCGUGUUUAUGUUCAAGAAGGGAUAUAUGACAGGCUUGUGAAUAAAUUAGUGGAAAAGGCAAAAGCUUGGGUGGUUGGGGAUCCUUUUGAUCCUAAAGUUCAGCAAGGACCCCAGAUCGGCAAGAAGCAGUUUGACAAGAUUCUUUCAUACAUUGAGCAUGGCAAGAGAGAAGGAGCCACCCUAUUAACAGGGGGUAAGCCCUUAGAUGGGAAGGGAUAUUACAUUGAACCUACGAUUUUCAGUGAAAUCAAGGAAGAAAUGCUUAUUGCAAAGGAUGAAAUAUUUGGGCCUGUUUUGGGGCUGGCAAAGUUCAAAACAGUUGAAGACGCGAUUAAGAGGGCAAACAGUACUAGAUACGGACUAGCAGCGGGAAUCGUGACCAAGGACAUCAAUGUGGCUAACACUGUAUCAAGAUCAAUCCGUGCAGGCAGUAUUUGGAUCAAUUGCUAUGCUGCUGUCGACAAUGACUGUCCUUUCGGAGGGUAUAAGAUGAGUGGGUUCGGAAGUUCUCUUGGAUUAGAAGCCCUUGACAUUUUUCUUAAAGUUAAGUCGGUUGUAACUCCCCUUUUUAAUACUCCCUGGCUUUGAAUUUAUGAUGUUUGCUACAUAGCAUCAUCAUAACAAUAAUGAUAAUACUUCAGAAUAAACAUAGUCAAACUGUAUUUGGCAGA